CACUGUAGGAAAACCAGUCCUCUUAGGAUGAGUAAUUCUUCAAAUACCAACCUUGACACUGCUCCCAGUAGCCCAACACGAUUUCAUGUCAACAUAGUUAGGGAAGGGUAUGACAAUCCAGCAUGUGAUGUAAACAAAGACCCCCCACAGUAUGAGGAAACUUCAUUUGCUAAUGAAGACCAAAGACAUAGAAUGAAUUACAGGCAUGAAAAUAGGGAGGUAUAUAACAAUGCCCAUCAAAAUGGAGACACUAUUAAAACAGAAGGCCAUUUCCAUGCUUAUGACACACACACUAACACUUAUUACUUGAAAACAUUUGGACAUAACACAAUGGAUGCAGUUCCCAACAUUGACUAUUAUAGAAACACUGGUAGCAUCUCCGGGGUCAAGAAAAGCAGACCAAGCCUGGCAGAAAUCCAUGAGCAACUGUCAAAGAAUGAAGCAGUGACUCCUGUCUCAUUUUCCAAUGGGGAUGGAGCCUUGGGGGAUGAAGAAGCAAAUAAAGAGGAGGAAGAAGAAAAAAAGGGUGGAUUUGUUAAAUUUGGAUGGGUUAAAGGAGUACUGGUCAGAUGCAUGCUAAAUAUUUGGGGUGUAAUGCUUUUCAUUCGACUCUCUUGGAUUGUAGGCCAAGCAGGAAUAGGUCUGGGAGUCGUUCUCAUUUGCCUCAGUGUGGUGGUAACUACACUGACAGGUCUUUCUAUGUCAGCUAUAUGCACUAAUGGUGUUGUUAGAGGAGGUGGAGCAUAUUAUCUCAUAUCGAGAAGUCUGGGCCCUGAGUUUGGUGGAUCCAUAGGACUUAUAUUUGCCUUUGCCAAUGCUGUUGCAGUUGCUAUGUAUGUUGUUGGGUUUUCUGAAACAGUUGUGGAUAUUCUUAAGGACAGUGAUGCAAUCAUGGUUGAUGAAAUAAAUGAUAUUCGGAUCGUAGGUGCUAUUACAGUGGUCCUGCUCCUUGGUAUAUCUGUAGCUGGUAUGGAAUGGGAAGCUAAGACUCAAGUCGUGCUUUUAAUUAUUCUACUUGUGGCAAUUGCAAAUUUCUUCAUUGGAACCAUUAUUCCUACUUACGAAGAGAAAAGGGCUCGAGGCUUCUUUAAUUAUCAAGCUGCAAUAUUUGCUGAAAACUUUGGACCUGAUUUCAGGAAUGGAGAAGGAUUCUUUUCUGUGUUUGCUAUUUUCUUCCCAGCAGCCACUGGAAUCCUUGCAGGAGCAAAUAUCUCUGGAGACUUGGAGGAUCCACAAGACGCUAUUCCAAAGGGAACAAUGUUGGCUAUAUUUAUAACAACUAUUGCUUAUCUUGGAGUUGCUAUUUGUGCAGCUGCAAGUGUCGUGCGGGACGCCACUGGGAGCAUGAACGAUACAAUUACAUCUGCAAUAAGUUGCAAUGGGUCUGCUGCAUGCACCCUUGGCUACGAUUUUUCCAGAUGUGAAACAGAAAAAUGUGCGUUUGGGUUGAUGAAUAACUUUCAAGUGAUGAGUAUGGUAUCUGGGUUUGGACCUCUGAUUAUCGCUGGAAUAUUCUCAGCUACACUCUCCUCUGCCUUAGCAUCUCUUGUCAGUGCUCCUAAAGUAUUUCAGGCUCUCUGCAAGGAUAACAUCUACAGAGCUCUUUACUUUUUUGCGAAAGGAUAUGGAAAAAACAAUGAACCAAUCAGAGGAUAUGUUCUUACAUUUGUUAUUGCCCUUGGGUUUAUUCUCAUUGCUGAGCUGAACACAAUUGCGCCCAUCAUUUCAAACUUCUUCCUCGCCUCUUAUGCUUUGAUCAACUUCUCUUGUUUUCAUGCUUCCUAUGCAAAAUCCCCUGGUUGGAGACCUGCCUUUAAAUAUUACAACAUGUGGGUGUCCCUGUUUGGGGCCAUGCUGUGCUGUGGUGUUAUGUUUGUUAUCAACUGGUGGGCGGCUCUGAUCACUUACGCCAUUGAGCUUUUCUUGUAUAUCUAUGUCACAUACAAGAAGCCAGAUGUUAAUUGGGGGUCGUCAACCCAGGCACUUUACUUCACAAAUGCCUUGAAUACUGCUUUGGAGCUAAACACUAUUGAUGAACAUGUGAAGAACUUCAGACCACAGUGUUUAGUGUUAACUGGAGGACCAAUGGCAAGACCAGCUCUGCUUGAUAUUACUCAUUCAUUUACAAAGAACACUGGGCUAUGUAUUUGUUGUGAGGUGUUUGUGGGACCGCGCAAACAGACUGUAAAAGAAAUGAAUUCCGGUAUGCUCAAAAAACAGACUUGGUUAACAAAGAACCAAAGAAAAGCAUUUUAUGCUGCAGUUGCCGCUGAGAAUUUUAGAGAAGGUGUAAAAAGUCUUCUUCAGGCUUCUGGUUUAGGAAGAAUGAAGCCAAAUACCCUGGUUAUUGGGUUUAAAAAGGACUGGAAAAAUGCCAGCCCAAUGGAUCUUGAAAACUAUGUGGGAAUGUUACAUGAUGCCUUUGAUUUUGAAUAUGGAGUGGUUGUAGUCAGAAAUAGUCAAGGCUUUGACAUCUCUCAAAUACUUCAAGUCCAAGAGGAACUUCAAAAGCUCGAACAAGAGAGGCUGACUCUUGAAGCUACUAUUAAAGAGAACGAAUUUCAAGAAGGAAAUAGGGGAAUCCGCAGGUUUAUGCAUAAAGCUCAUAAGCUAAAUAUUACAAAACAUUCAUCCACAAAAGAUGUCAGCACAAUUCCCCCGAUGCACGUAGGCGAAUAUAAUCAGAGAUUAAUAGAAGCCAGCGAACUAUUUAAAAAGAAGCAAGGAAAGGGUACGAUUGAUGUUUGGUGGCUGUUUGAUGAUGGAGGUUUAACUCUCCUUAUUCCUCAUAUUCUAACGCUAAGAAAAAAAUGGAAGGAUUGUAAGCUGAGGAUUUUUAUUGGAGGAAAAGUGAACCGCCUGGAAGAUGAGAAGCUGGUAAUGGCGUCACUUUUGAACAAAUUCCGAAUUAAAGUUGCAGAAAUCCAUAUUAUUGGAGACAUCAAUACAAAGCCAAGCAAAGAGAGCUGGAAGUUUUUCGAAGAGAUGAUCGAACCAUACCGUCUCCAUGAGAGCUCUAAAGAUGUACCAACUGCAGAGAAAAUAAGCAAAGAACACCCAUGGAAAAUAACAGAUUCUGAGCUUGAGAUGUUCAAAGAAAAGAGUUACCGCCAAGUCAGACUUAAUGAACUUUUACAGGAACACUCUAGAUCUGCUAACCUCAUUGUGCUAAGCCUUCCAGUUGCAAGAAAAGGAACUGUGUCAGAUCACUUAUAUAUGGCUUGGGUAGAAAUUCUAUCAAAGAACCUUCCGCCUGUUUUGAUGGUUAGAGGAAACCAUAAGAAUGUACUAACUUUCUACUCCUAAAGUUUGAAAUUA